UAAACUUGAUUAGAUCCUUGGAUUGAUUUGUAUAACAACAUUUACGAAUCGCUCGAUGAACUUACCAGCAUCGAGUUGCAUUCGAUCAAAGAUCUGAAUAAGUACAAACAACAGUCACUUAAUUAUUGAUUAUGUAACAUAAGGAGGUACCGAACCCUAAUUGCUUUACUAACCUAUAAAAAAAGAGCGAAAAUAAAGAGAACUAAAACUGAAAACACAAAUUUCCCAGAUUGCCCGCUUUCACACAAUGGCCGCCUUGGGCCUACUGCUGCUGGUGGGCGUGCACGGAGCCACGAUAAUCAGCAUCAAGUACCCGGAGAAGCCCGCCGUGGAGCCGCAGCCGGCGAAAAGGGAUCUCAGCCUGAGCUACGCAGCCACCAACAUCGACUCCAAGGAGGGAACCCGCGUGAAGACCAUCACGGUGAUCAAGAAUGUGGGAGGCAUUUCAACGCCCGAAGAAGCUGCGGCAUUGGGAUCCCCCAUCACCGCCAGCCACAACCACAACCAUAAGCAGCAGCCGAAACUGAUCAUUGAUCCAAGUCUUCACAAGAGCGAGGAGUGGGCCACUGCUUUUCGAGACAACUUUGAAUCCUACGGAGCACUGCCCGAUGUGCCCGACAUAGAUGACCUGUUCGAGUUUGUGAAUCGCAAGAAGCCCGAGGCUGAGAAGAAACAGGAGGCGGUGCCCAGCCAGAAGGAGGAAAGGGUGCCCAAGGAGUUCCCAAAGCCGGCGGAGGAGACCACCACCAAGAAAGCCGGAGCCAGUGAGCAAAGCGAGGGAGGGAUUGCACCCAGCAGUAACAUCGAUAGCGACGAGGCUGUGGUCGAGAAGAUAAAGGGCGAUGCCGAGCUGUUGCCGCACAUCAAGCAGGCCAACAUCCUGCGACUUCAGGCGGCCCAAGCCCAAGCCCGCUCGGGUGUGCUAACCAAGGAGUCCCUGAUCGCCGUUAAUUACUCCACGCCCAUGCAUCAGGUGAGCCAGUACUUUGACAACUAUGUCCAGGCGGUGCCAAAUGGCUACGACUACCCAAAGCCCUGUGGCGUGCAGCCUGGGAACAGUAUCCAAGUGACCACUCCCUCGGGUCGCACCUACGACAUCCCGCAGAGCAACAGCAGCGGCACUGGCGGUGGCAAUCACCCGUACUUGGCUCCGGCGCUCACGAAGAAGACGCAGAUUCCGCCGAUCACCGUGCAGCCUCCGGUUCAGCAGCAGCCUCAGCCUCCUAAUUACUCAUCCGUGAACUCGAUUGUGCCGCCUAUAGUGCAACCGCAGCCUCAGGGCAAUGCAAAUGUUCCACAGCAGCCGCAACAGCCUCCGGUGGUGACUCCUCCAAACGGAGGUAUUCUGCCGCCUCUGGGAACUGGCGGAAUCUCCACCAGCCAGCGUCCCUAUGUGGCGCCAAGGCUGCGGAACAACGGCCUGGGCAUCAGCAGGGCGCCCAGCACUCCGGGUCCGAUUCAGAUUCCCGGGCAACCUGGCCUCGUGGGAAAUAACACUCCACAGACCCCGAACUUCCGCAGCAGCAUUUUCGGCGGUGGCCCAAAUCGUCCCAACACGCUGCGAUCACGUGGUCUAAAGUAUUGAAAACUUAAACUAGAUAUACACUCUUAGAGGAGGUCGAAAUUAUAGUUCUUAGAGGGAGAUUACAAUCAAAAUUGUCAAUCGAAGCACGCAUUAUUGCGGCAUGUAUCCAUAUAUCAUUAAAAAUUAUAGGAAUAUAUUUUAAAAAUUGUUUGAUGGCCUUAAAGUAAUGUACCAAUAUAAAAUAGUGGUAUGUUCUCCGAUCAAACAGCUAUUAAGACUAUUUAAUGGUAAGCGCUAUAAAAACCAAUUACGAUGUUGCCUUGGCAAUGCUAAACAAAUCCGUUGUUUUAUUUUCUACAUUUAGUUGAUAUGCUUUCCAACGUUGCUCACAUGAUACCUAUUGUUAAUAAGUUGUAAAGAAGCCGAUUAUAUUAUAUAUAGAGAUCUUUUAGUUACUUAGUGAUCCUUAUGUUCCAGGUAGUCUAAACUUUACUAUGCCAUUCUAGAGCUAUUCAGGUAACUUUCUGGUAAGCGUUGGAAUCGGACUACUUAUGUUUUGGUUUAAGGCCGAUUCAGGUAGGUUCGCUAGCACAGGGAUUUUUUUUAUCAACAGCUAUAUACUCAAUUUGUGUAUAUAACAUUAUGGGAUAUACAUUUCGUAAGUGACACUAUAUACUAUUUAUACCCCCGACUGUGUGCCUCAGCAUAAUCGGUGUGGUGUUCUAGCACACAAUUAAUUCGCGGAAAUAUUUUUACAUAAUGCCCUUCUCUCAUCUUGAAAUGGAAUCUGGAACGAGGCUGCUAGUAGAACCGUUGCUAGACUGUACCUAAGCAUAAAAUAUGAAUUGCACACCGAAAUGAAGCGAAAUAGAGCGCAAAGAGAAAUCCGCGAGUUGUUUGGCACCAAUCAAUACUGUUUAACACACUUUUGGGUAAUUGUUUUGACUGAAUUUCACUGUGUCCCGCAGUUUUCUUUGUUUUUCCUCUCUCCCAUGCAGUCGUUGUUGUUGCUGCUGCUUCGCAGUUGUUGUUGCAGCAUCUCCACGAGAAGAAGCAGAAGCGAAACGAACGAAGAGGGGAAGCGGAGGGGGCGUGGUGUCGCUGUUUUAAGUACGAGUA